UUUCCCAUAACCCCCUUCUCUCAAGCAAUGACCGCGUCACUGAAAAACAUGGCGGGUUAGUGUGUGCAUGGGGUCCGCUACUCACUUCCAACCCGUCGUCGAUAAAUGAAAGCUUAUUUCUCCCCGCAGACGACAUUCACCUGAACAGGUCAAAAAUGUUUCGGCGGUCGAGGUUCAGCAUUCGGCCCAACGUUGGUACGGCAGGGAGAACAGCAGCAACACCUCAGGAAGCCCCGUCAGUAAACCAGGAGGCCGAUGAGACCCCCAAGGAUGUCGGUGAGAGCAGCGCUGGUGCUGCAGUGACCGAUAACAAGUCUGUUGUGACCCCGUCAGAAAAACCCACAGCCCCAGGGGAUGACCAAAAUGGGGAAGGUUCCAGCUCCUCAGCAGCAGUCCAGAGAAGGAAGCGGUUUUCUAUCAAGCCCAAAGUGGCCCCCGGCCGCCCUUCCGCCCUUGCCCGGUCUCCAAAGACCCCUGUCAAAGCGGUCUCUGCAGCUCCCAUUGAAGUCCCUGUCUCAGACCUCGACAAGCCAACAACUAGCAGCCAAAGUGCGACUACAGCAGCCCCUCAAGGACUCCAGUCUCCAAGGCGACGAAGGCUUUCAGAGGAGAGCAAGCAGCCCAAAGUGCAACCUAAACCCACCCUUAUCCCUUCUGACGGUUCAGGACCUUCAGCUGUUCCUCUUGCUGAGGACUCAGGAGGAGAACAAACCCAACCACCAUCAGAGAGCAGCAAACAAUUGGAGAGCACGUCAGGCAGUCAGGUUAAAGAAGCUCCUUCCAGAUUAACAGAUAAAGUCCCCCCCUCGCUACCAGACAGAGAAUCUAUUGAGAUAUCAGAGAAAGCCAAGACUCUAGUGUCAUCCAAGAGUGGGCUUUCACUGUCACCACCAGCGUAUACUUUGAGUAGGCUCCUGAAUGACCCCUCAGACUUGCAGAGGCUUGCAAAGGCCAGAAAGCUCAGAGAACUGCUCAGACAGGAGUUGCACAAAGAAAAGAAAAUCAAGAAAGCUAAGGCACGUCCAAAGGAAUAUUCUAUAGACCCUGCCAAAAUGACCAUGAGGGACCUCAUCCGUUACCUACCGAUGUCUAACCCCAUGCCAUCUAGUUUAGAAGCUCCAGAAAAUGAGACUGUGGUCCCAACUUCUCCAGAUUGUGAAGAGUCACCAGAAAAAGCACAGGAGCCUGAAGUCCCCUCUAAAAUUGCAAGCCCAAGGGAGGAGGAAGACGAGGAGGCAGCAGCAGCAGAGGAAGAGCAGGAUGAUGCACCCAUGGUCCCUCAGGUGAAAGUGGCCGAGGAUGGCUCACUGAUCAUUGAUGAAGAGAGUUUGACAGUGGAAGUCCAGCGAGCCAAAGGGCCAAACACUAUUCAGGACCGUGAUCCUAUCUUUGAGCGUGGCUCCACUACAACUUACUCAAGCUUCAGGAAAGGGACCUAUUCGAAACCCUGGUCCAAUGAAGAGACAGACAUGUUCUUCCUGGCAAUUAGCAUGGUGGGGACAGACUUCUCCAUGAUUUGUCAGCUGUUUCCUCACAGAGCUCGAUCAGAGAUAAAGAACAAAUUCAAAAAAGAAGAGCGCGCGAAUGCUUGGAGGAUUGACAAAGCUUUCAGAGAGAGGCGUAAACUGGACAUAGAGUAUUUUUCUAAGCUGCUAGAGAAGAUCCUGGAAGUUCAGAAAAACAGGAAAAAACUCAAGUCACUCGCUGAGAAGAACUCACCGAAGAAGCGCAAGAAAAAGGCAAAAGGCAAAAAAGCAGGAAGGAAGCUGAGUGAUGUGGAGGAGGAAGAUGAGGAAGAGGAGAAAGAAAUGCCUGAGUUAGAGGAAGAGGGAGAGAAAGAGAAUGAGAAUGGAACCCCCAUUCCUAAGCCCAAGAAGAAACGCAAAAGAAAGACUAAAGAGGAUGGCUCGACUGAGGAACCAAAUGACAAGAAAAACAAAAAGUGUGAAAAAAGCAAUGAUCAAGAUGAAGCCUACAUACCUGAAGAAACCGAGGCAGCACUUCCUGAGGAUCGCACUAAUUCAGACAUGUCUGAAAAGACUGAGAAUGCAGCUAAGGACACCAUAAUCAAGCCAGCUAAACUUUCACGAGGCAGAGCCCCAAAACCACUGCUGCCUUUGGGCCGGAAGUUAGGUAAAAAGUCUCCAGCCCCCUCCACGAAGGCCAAAGAUGGUGCAGCAGAUAAAGGGGAUGGGAGUGUGAGUGACAAAGAGCAGGGAAAUAAAGAUGCAUCACCUAUAAGGCAAGCCAAUAAGAGGAUGUCAGCCGAUGAUGACAUUUCCUCUGAAGAAGAGGACGCUUCUGUUCAACCUCCAAGACCUACCAGAUAUGGGAGAGUGCCCAAACCCACCAAACCCUUGACUUACCCUGCCAAAGAUGAUCCACACUCGUCUGCAUCUGAAGCCACUCCUGCCUCACCAGCUGCGUCCACUGCUUCUGCUGCCAAGCCUAAAACCAAAUGCACGGCCAAGAGGGGAAGAUCAUCAAAGCCCCAAUCAACCCAAGAGUCUAAAAAGCCCAAACUAGUCACCCUCAGGGCUUCUCAGUCAGAAUCCAGUGAUGAGGGGAAUGAACAGCAGUGGGGGGAAGAAGAGAUGGAGAAGGAGCAACACCAUUCAUAUAGUAAAGACAGCAUUGCCCCUGCAUUUGUUCCUGCCAGCCUGCGUUCCCCACAACCUGUGAUUUCAGAAGUGGAAGAGACUAUGGAGGAGCUUGAUAUCUUGGCCAAUAUGCCUGAUGUGUUGGGCAUCUCCCAAGAUGCUUUGUGCCCUGAUUCCUCUUUCGAGCUGGCACAAAAUGAGACAGGCACAGCUGAACCGUGUGAACAUCAAUUGGAUCUGCUGGUUGAUGUUAUAGACUUUCUUUCUUCAGAGCACACAGAAGUGUCUGAGGACGAGAGCUACAAUGAGGCUGCUCAGACUCUGCUGACCAUCGGCAACAUGGCUCACCUCUCUCAGUCAGCACAGAAUCUAGCAACAGCCAUACAAGAUCACACAACAGAGACGUCAGUAAGUGUGGAUGACACCAUCCGAAACCUAGAAGAAGAGGUUGCAUCACAGCCUGCUGCACAAGAGGAAGAUAGUGCCACUUCUCUUAUGGUUGCAACAUCUGGCCAAGAAGUCACAGAAACAUCAGAAACGGUUGCCCUUGAAGAGCUACAAAACAGCACAACAGAUAGUGGUGACAUGCCCAUUUUUGAAAGCAGUGAUCAGAGUACUGGUCCUGAUCCGGACCCUACCCCUCAAACAGAAGCAAGUCCAGAGAAGUCAAAGAAAAAUUCUCCACAAACUAGAAAAGGACGCUUGUCCAAGGUGAAACCAAAGCCUAACCUUGGCCAAGCCUCAAGGACUGCAAAGUCAAAAUCCCAACCAGAAACAGAUACAAAGACUAUAGAUGAAGAGAGCCACACAGUCGCUCCUGAUGUCACUCAAGCCCCUGAGACUUUAUCAGCUGCUGAAGAAACUCCUAAGAUAGCAGACUCCUAUCAAAAAUUGGCAAAGGAUGAAAUCUCUUGUAUCGAAGUCAAAGAGCCAUCAGGCAGUCAGGAGAAGUCUGCUGGUCAACAAAAAUCAGGUGUAGUGACAUCUGAUCAGAGUACCUCAAAGAACCAGAGCCGCUGCUUUUCUGACACCAAAUUUGAAUCAACAGAUGAAACACUGAUAUCUAAUGUUCACACAAUAAAGAAUAGUGUCAAUAAUCUGGUAACAUCUGACACAGCAGACCCAGAAUCACAAGGGAUAAACAUAUAUCCAGAUCCAGUCCCACAGAGUAGUGCCCAUCCUGCUCCAUGUGUCACACCUGUAGAAGAUGUACCUGUUAGUCAGAAAGAAGAGAGUGAAGAUGCAUCAACUUGCCAGACCAAGAAGAGUCGAUUCCAGAGAGUGAAACCCAAACCCAACCUUGCAAAGACAUCAAGAACUAAGCCUCAAACCACAAAAGACACUGUAAAUAAAGACUCCAACCCAACUGCAAAUCCACAUUUCCAAGAAAAAACAAUAGAGCUUGAAGCAGAACCAACAUGUACCACCUCUCCCGAAAAACCAAGUAAGAGCCCUGCUCCUGCUUCAGAUUUGAUACCAUCAUUGGAUUUAGGCUCUACUCUUACAUCCGCAGAGGAACUUCCUAUAGCUGUGGAGAAGAAAACAGAUGUUGGAGUUGUUGGUCAGGUAGAAUCAGGUGUAGCAACAUCAGAUUGGAGUGCCUCAGAAAACCGGAACCCUGCUGAAGCUCAGCUUGAACCCAGGAUGGAACAGGCCACCAGAAAUGAAGAGGAUAAGCCGAUAUCUUAUGUUGGGACAACUGAAAGUACUUGUAUUAAUUUUCUGACAUCAGAUUCUGCAGUCCCAGAAUCACAGCUCGGACAAGGCUCAGACAUGGACUCAGCCACAGUCCAAGAGAGCAGUGAUCAUCCUGCUCCAUGUGUUAAACCUGUAAAAGAUCCACCUGCCAGUCAGAAAGAAGUGAAUGUAGACCCAUCGACUCACCAGGCCCGGAAGAGUCGAUUCCAGAGAUUCAAACCAAAACCCAACGUAGCACAGAUAUCAAAAACUUUACACUCUAAGCCUGUAACCACAAAAAACACUGUAGAAAAAGGCUCCAACCCAAGUACAUCCCCCGAAUUCCACAAAAAAGCAAUAGUAAAUGUUGAAGCAGACCCAACUGGCACCAUCUCUCCUGAAAAGCUGGAUCAAAGUACUGGUCCUGUUUCAGAUCGGACACCGUCAUGGGAUCUAGGCCCUACUGUCACACCCACGGAGGCCCUGUCUGCAAUUGAUGAGAAAAGGACGGAUGUUGCUCAGGUAGAAUCAAUCUCUGCAACAACAGAUCAGAGAGCCUCAGAAAACCAGGACUCUGAAGCCCAGGUGGGACCCAGUACGGCACGAGACACAAGAGACACAAAGCCAGCAUCUGAGCCCAUAGAAGAAAAACUGAUGUCUCAGGUUGGUACAACUGAGACGAGUUGUACUUAUCUGCUGACAUUAAACUCUGCAGUCCUUGAAUCACAAGUUAGGCAUGAACCAAACAUCGACUUGGUACCUAUCCAAGAGAGCAGCGACCAUCCUGAUCUUUGCGUUACACCUGUAAUAGAGUUACCUUCUAGUGAAAAAGAAAAGAGUGAAGAACCAUCGACCCACGAGGCCAGGAAGAGUCGAUUCCAGAGAGUCAAACCCAAACCCAACUUGCCACAGACAUCAAGAGCUGUGCGGUCGAAAACUGAAACCACAAAGGACCUCGUCAUAAACAUGCAGCCAGUUGAGAAUCCCUCCGGCCCAACUCCAAUAUCUGAACCCUCUGACAAGACAAACGCAGAGAAGGGAGCACAGCCACAUUGCAGUACCACCCCUCCUGAAAGACCAAGCCAAAGUACUGGUGCUGUGUCAGUUUCAGUACCAUCAUCAGAAACAUGUUCUAGACCCACAGAGGGAUUGUCUUCAGCUGAAGUCCAAAAGACUGAUGCUGGAAGUGCACUAGACUCAAGCUCAGAGGGCUCAGAACAAAAUGUACCUCGAAGAAGGCGGCACCUACCCAAAAUAAAACCCAGUUUGGGAUUAUCAACCAGAACUGCACACGCAAAAGAUGGUAAACCCUCAGAACUACAUCAUAUGAGCACUUCGGUCAUAACCUCAGAACAGCUGCCUGUGGACAUUAACAAAUUAACAGAGAAGGACAUCAAGCACUUGACAUCAGCACAUUGUUCCUUAGAACAUCUCAGCUCAACAAAACCAGUACCUGCAGAGUCAGAGACGUCAGGAGAUGCAGCAACAUCUUCCAAUGUUGUGUUGACAGACUCAGUUCUUGCAAAUAAGUGCAGUGAAAAAUCCACAAUUGAAAAGGAAUCUCUACCGCACAAGGUGGUGAGUGGACCUGCUUCACAAUUGAACAGCAAACAGGAUAUUACACUUGGGGCUACAGAGACCGAUACCAAGCCAUCAACAGAUGAUCCAACUGCAAUUCCAGACGUCCAGUCUUCAGAAGAUCAUUCUACAGAAACAGAAAUUAAAACUACUAAUUCACAGCCCAUACCAGAUCUGGAAGACAGCACUCAGCAUCCACAUUCAGAGAAUGAGUCUGAGGCACAAGGUCAACACACAGUCCAUCAGUAUCCUGAAAUGACUGAAAAUAAAAAGGAUGACCAGAGCACUGAUGAUAAUGAAUCAAAGGCAGCCGACUCUUCUAAGUCCUCAAGAAAAGCUCCUCAGACUCGUAGAGGCCGGCUUGUUAAACCUAAACCCAACCUGGGAAGCAAAAGCCAGCCUCCACGACCACAAGUCAGGAAUGCAAAACAAUCAGAAGCAGAUUCUGCCACCUGCUCAGGUGUGGAUGCCUCUCUUCCCCACAAGCCUGUGUCUGAACUCCAGCCUCAGAGUCAGGAACCAGUAGAGGGAGCCAUUGACCAACAUAGUAACCAAAGUUCCCCUCCAGAAGAUGCUGGGUCCUCUCUGGCCAGCUUGACACAAGUUACUGAACAACCUAAUCAACGUGACUCCACUCCAGAUGUUGCUGGAUCUUCUCUAGGCUGUUUGACACAAGUAACUGACAGUUAUAAUCAGGAUGCAUCAACAUCUGGUACAGGAGGGACCCUGUGUCAGCCAAGUCUCACAAUAUUUCCAGACAUGCUGCCGGAGCAGGUGCCUUCAGAUCCAGAUGAACCGUUUUUCAUCCUCUCUUUGACUGAGAUCCCAGUCUGUUCAUCGGGGGAUGUGUCAGACCCUUAUCUCCCUGUCACAGAUAUAUCAACGCAGCAACAGAGUGUUCCUGGAGAAAGUUUGGCAGUCGCUGGAGAUGGGCCUCUUUUUAAUGUCGCUGUGCCUGUGUCCCCAGAGGAGAGUGGUGAGACAGGACUCUGUGCAAAAGAUGAAGCUGCACAUACACAGAGUUCAAGUUUGGAGAAUCCAGUGGAUCCAAAUGAGAUUCCAAGAGUCCAGCCAUCCAAAUUACCAGAUACUGAGGAGAAUAACGAUGAGACUGAACCUCCCGCAACAAAACAGACACUAAGGGGCACUGGAAGAACAGCAGCUAAAGUGCAGGUUAAGCCCAAGACACCAAGACAGAAACAAGCCAGCAAGACACUCCCUGCUAAGGAGGAAGACUCCACCCAUGACUCAGAGCUUCCUGGUCCUUCUGUUCAGCUAAAAAUCUCUGAUGGUGAUGACCAUCUAGAUGUUGAGAAGAAUAUACUGACACGUGGGAAGGACCUUGAUGAUUGCAGCACAGGAGCACAAACUACACAGACUACAAGGAUUAGAAGUCGGAAUAGAAAACCCCAAGACAACUCUGCUGCUUCAAGCAAACCUCCGCCUGGCAAAGCCGCUUCCGAGGGGCCUCAGGUCAGAACUCCGAGCGCAGUGGGAAAAAAACCUAAACUAGCACCUGUAGCCUCAACGCCACAUGAUGUUGCUCCCACAUCCAGUCCAGCACAGCUGCCAGAGAGCACAAACGCUGUUGUGGAUGUCAGGCAGACUUCUGAGCACAGCCGAUUACACUCAGACGCAACUCCUAGCACCUCUCCUGAUGCAGCUGAGGCUUCAGCUUCCCAGCAAAGUGACAGUGUGGAGAGCAGCCUAACGGAGGAUGAGCCCACCAGCGUGUCUCAGUACUUCUUAUGUGACAUUUUCACCGACGUGGAGGAGGGAUGAAAGCCAUAGAGAGGGCUGAGUGAGAGGAGAGGACGGACCUGCAGGCUUGCCUUUUUUAAAAUGUUUGUUGUGUUAAGUUAUGUCUGUAACACUAAUUUAUAUCUAAAAUAUUGUCUUUUGUUGUUGAGCUGUAAUGUAGUGGAGCAAAAUUAACUAUACUGAUAAAUGCAGUUUCUUUUUCAUGAGCACUUUGAACAUGUACAGUUGUUUCAAUUGAAUGAAAUGCAUUUUUGAAUGGACAUUAGUUUGGAUAAGAAACAUUCAUUUGUACUCAUUAAUCAAAACAUGGAUAAAUCACUAGUUUGAAAGAGGUGGCAGCUUCUUCCCAAUUAUUUGUAAAGUUUUGAGCCUCAGAGUCACUUUAAUUGGUUACCAACUUCCUGUGAACAUGUACAGUUUGUACAAAAGGAAACUGUUCUUCCAAAUGUCUGUUCCAUUAACAGACCAAACAUUAGUCUCAGGAGGGAAAACCGGAUCAAUUGCCAAGGUUGUACAGCUGCAUGUAUAAAUGUACCUACCUUUUUUUAAUGCCUCUUCUGUGUAUUCAUAUGCAUUUUUUCUUAUCAUCUGUUCUAUUCUGAAACAAAUUUUGCUUUGUAUUUGACAGGAAAGAGUCAAACUGGCUUCUCAUUUAAUUAAGUAGAAUUGCAGAUGUAGACAGAUGUGAGGGAAUUUUACUGACGUGUUGUUUUGCUGUAUAUAGUGUAGAUGAGUCGAAACGUUCAGAGUGGUCCUUGUACAGAUGCACAGCAUUCAGAUUAUGUUUGAUACUUGAAAACACAUCAUGCUUACAUGUUUCCUUAGUUCAUUAAAAAUAAAACAUGAAAUGAAAUUCCUUCAAUCUUUGUAAA